GUUAUUCCCCAAGCUUCCUCUAGAGCUCAGCGCUGGUCUGAUCCGUCGUUCUUCCCUCUCAUCCGGGGGAGGCGUGACUGUAUUAGCCGGGCAGGGCGUUCUUUCCGCGGUCACAGGCGGCGUAGUCGUUCUAGGGGUGGGUCUUUCUUGGCAAAGGAAAACCCACCUUUUUCAUUGUUUUCAUCUCGAAGGAAUGUGAUGGUUUGAUCUUGCGGCGCAAGGGAGGGGGUGAGAGAAGGAACUAGCGAGGACCCUGCUGAAAGCUGCUCUAUUCAUCCUCAAAAAGUCAAACGCGACUGAGUACUUUGCCCUUCCAGAGAGCUACCUCCUAAAAAUUGUCACCGUUCUUCUCCCGGUGCUCAAGGGGGUCAAAACUCACUUGGAUCACCAGUGAUAGUGGAGACAAGGCUGAAAUAAAAAGUAUUCAAAACAUCCUCUUGAAGGUAGGAGGAAAACGGGGACCUGUCCUUUAUAAUUUCUUCUUAAGAGUCCCGGGACCACUUAGAAAACACCACCAUACAAAUGUGUACCCCUCCAUCAAAAAAUCAUAAAGACUUCACCGUAGAUUAGUAUCAGAAAGAAAAAAUGACAGACACAACAAGUCGCCAUCUGAGACACAAGUUGCAGAGCUUAGGACGACGUCUGGAUGAGCUUGAAGAGGCCAGAGGAAAACUACAGAAAGCUGAAGAUGAACUUCUUGACAUUCAGGACAAAAUCAUUCAGGCUGAGGGUAGCAAUUCCUCACUGCUCGCCGAUGUGGAGACAAUGCGGAAGAGAUUGCUCAAAAUUGAAGGCAAAGAUGAAGAGGUCAGGAAAGCGGAGGAUCUUUGUCGUGAGGUUCGGGAGAAAUUAGAUCAAGAAGAGAAACUUACCAAGAAUCUUAAAGCAGAGAUUGAGCGUCUUCAGCGUAGAAUGACUGAACUUGAGAAGCUUGAAGAGGCUUUUGGUAAAAGCAAGUCCGACUGUACCCAGUUGUGCCUUAGUCUUAAUGAAGAGAGAAACCUGACCAAAAAGCUUGCAGCAGAGCUUGAUACCUUGAAGGUCCGUGUCAAGGAAGUGGAUACCUCUGAAGCUCGACUUGACAGGGCAGAAAAAUCCCUUACUGCAGAGAUGGAGAAACUUAAGAGUCUCACUCAGACUUUUGUGACUGAACGCAAAAGACUGCUGGAAAGGCAGAGAGAGGAUGAGAAAAACAUACUCAAGCUGACUGAGAAGCUUGAACGUCAGAAAAACAAACUAGGUCCAGCAGACCACAGCCAAUUUGAUUCUAGAGAUCUUCGAAUUGAGGAUGAAUUCUCAGCAGGCCUUACAUGCAAACGGAAGAAGAGUCUUGACUAUUUGAAGCAUUCAGGUGACCUAGAUUUGAGAAAUGAUUCAGAGAAUGAGAAAAAUAGCUUAGAGGGGCAAGAAGAUAAUAAAGUUAAAGACCUCAGCCAGGAAGUGGAAAGACUGAAGAAUCGUUUGAAACAAAUGGAGUUAGUGGAGGAGGACUUGAAAAACAUGGAAUCCAAGAAUGCUGAAUUGAUAGAAAAGUACCAGCAGGAGAGAAACCGUAGUCAAGCGCUCCAUGACCAGGUUGAGCAGAUGAAAAUGCAGCUCAGUGGUUGCAGCAGUAGUAAUGGAAACUCUGCCAUUACCAGCACUACAAAGGUCCUAGAGAAUGGCAAGGCAGAAACUGAAGAGAUCCAUGUACGAGGCUUCAGACAGGAGAAACCUAAAUUGUUAAAUAGGAGUCCUGCUGCUUCUGAACCAGUCACCUCAAAGUACAAAAGCAGAGAGGCAUCUCCUCAGCAGAGGCGAGAAACUAAGCAGAGGAACAAAGACCUGUGUCACUCCACAGAAAGCUCCCCAAAGACUGUACGAAGGACUCUUAGUCCAGCACAUAGUGUCAGGAAAGUUAUGAGGACUGGUGCUUCCAGUACUACUUCUGAUAAUGGGACAAAAGAUGGAAAGAAAGAUGAAAAAAUCGGAAGUGUCUCAUCAAGUACUCUCACUGAAAGCAAGAAAGUUUCAGUCCUUAGUCGCUAUCCUCCAGCUGCUAAUGACCAAAAGUCUUGGAAGCCAUCGGUCAAGCAAAUUGACAGUGAUAGCAAUAAGAGUCGAACAGAGAAGUUGUCCAGGUACCCUGGAAAUGAUAGUGAAUCAAACAACUCUGAUGGGUCACUCCUAAUUUCAGCCAGUGCUGCUGUCUUUGCUUCAUCUGAGAAAGGACUAACUGAACCUGAGAGUCUAGAUCAGGAUGCUUCUGCAAUGUUGAGUAUGUCCAAGGCAAAUGGUUCCUAUACUGCUUACAGAUCGCAUAUAUCUCCAUCUGUUCUGAGUGACCAUGGUUCUGAUGGUCACUCCUCAGCCUCCGAAACAGAAUCCACUGGCUCCAGACGAUCGGCAGGUGAGCAAAACGACCCCCUGAUGUCAAGUGGAAGAAAAUACACUAGAUACUCACAGCUGCAAGAAUCUUACUCUGAUGGUUCCUCAAAGAUCCCCUUCAGCGAGGAGCAACACAGGCCUCUUAUGGUGGAAGGGGAUACCCAGGAAACUACGCAUUCUACCUCAGGUAUUGAGGUCCGCAGGGUAUGCAGCCCUCGUGAAGCCCUCCGGUCAAAAGCUAUCAUCAAGCAAGCCAUUGUUGAGAUUGAUAGAAAGGAAGUGAUGUCAGGGGGAGUCACAGAGCCUUUGACCACCAGUGGGAAACCCAAGAUCUCCACUAAGCCAGUAUUGACUAGCAAGAUGACCAGCAGUAUCACCUUCUAUCCCAAUGACCCCAGCUCCUCUCGAACAAGCAGUCGAAGCAGUAGUUUAUCAAGCGAGCCCCCUUCCAAGGAAAGGCACACUUCCACAAGUAAUAUUGUCAUCAGCCCCAGUAUUGAGCACAGAGGUAGCAUCUCUAUACCUUACGAAAUAUCCAUCCCUAAAAGUGAGAUCACUCUACGUCAAAGUGAGGCUGAUGCUGACUUUUCUGAAACUCGCAGUUACCUUGAGACUGCUCCUGUGGAGGCAGCCCUCGUAUCUCAAAGCAGCUUCAGCCUCCAGUCUUCAGAAGCUUCAAACUUGAACAAUGACAUUGAGUCUGGCUUUGAGAGCAGCAGUAGCAGCACCACCAUGACCAGCUGGAGAAGCCACCACAACCACCACUCAUAUGAUGACAGCUUGCCAGAAAUGAGAAACGUCACUGUCAGGAGCACUUGGAGGAGCCGUGGGGCAGCUUCUGUGGAUGAAUCUGCUCGAGCGCUAAGGCAAGAUUGCUCAGAGGAUGAUGGUGAGUCUGCAACCACCUGGAGAGCGUAUAGGGCAACUACAGUGAUGGACACUCCAUCAAACUCCAGCACUGUUGCUAGUUGUGGAGGGAAACCAAGCCCAGUCGAAGUAUACAUGCGUAGGAUCAACAAUGCAGCACCAUCGUUCCAUGAUCUGGGACGACGGAACAAGAAGACUCCUUCACCAGAGAGGGCUAUUGCACAUGAGCCUGUCAGUGCUCAGCAGCUUCAGCCAAGAGGCCGUAAACACCCCAUGUCUGCAGACGAUCGAGAAAGUGCUCCGUCCUCAUGGCGAAGGCAGCCUGCAGGUGACGUGGACCUGUACGAUAGGUCUGGGAGUCGUGGAGCGUGGUCUAGCAGAAACCGCACAGCUGAUGGAAACCAGUCGUGGUCAAAUCGCCAUCUGGACAAUUGACCCAGAUUACCCACAUUUCCAACUAGAGUUCUUACAUCUCUUGUGCGCAAGGAAUGAAGCUCAUCUCAUCUCUUCAGUUACACCAUAUCUUUAAAGACCAUCAGAUGAACAG